AAUUUGUAGGUAGUACAAGAACUGAAAAAUAAUUUUUGGUUGCCAGUAUACCUGUAGUCGUUGCACUGAUCAGUCGAUAGUUUUGUGAUAAAUUAUUUCUCAAGUGAAUUAAAUUAUUAACCAUGGGACGUGAUUCUAGAAAGGUUUCAAGAGAACUUCGGAGUUCUGAAAAAAUUAAUAAGUCGCGUUCAGUCAAAAGAAAGAAUGUUUUUAAUCCGAAAACAGCCGAACGUGAUGAAAGUAUUCAGAGUACAUCUUCUAAAAAAUUAAAACAAAACACUGAAGAUGAUGUACCUGAAGACAGCAGUACUGAAUUUCGAAUAAUAAAUUUUAUUCAGGUAUUCACUGCAAUUUCUGCUCUUAUAAAAUGUAAAAAAUGUGAUGGAAAUGUAGUGUUUCAAACAGCAAGUACACGUGGGCUGGGAUUCAAAAUUGUAGUUGCAUGUAAUAACUGUGGAAAUGAAUAUAUUCCUUCCUGUUCUUUCGUUGGGCAUUCUUAUGAAAUAAACAGACGUUUCAUUUUUGUAAUGAGAAUACUAGGAAUAGGAUACGAAGGAUUGUGCAAGUUUUGCGGCCUGAUGGACAUGCCGUCUUUUUUAGAUAAAUCUACGCAUACAAUUUUACUGAAACAGAUUUUGAAUUGUAGUAAAGCCGUCGCAGAAACCUUCAUGACGAAAGCUGUGAAUGAAGAAAAGCAAGCAAUGCCAACAACUGAAAAUGAAGAUAUAAAUCAUCUAACUGUAUCGGGAGAUGGAACCUGGCAAAAACGGGGAUAUACAUCGUCAUUUGGAGUUUCUUCUAUAAUUGGCUAUUUUACUGGAAAGAUUCUUGACAUAAACAUUAAAAGUGCAUAUUGUAAGCUAUGUGAGUAUUGGAAAAAAAAAACAAAUACUGUUGAGUUCGAGGAAUGGUAUCAAUCGCAUGAAGAUGUGUGUUCUGCUAAUCAUCAAGGGUCUUCUGGGAAAAUGGAGGUGGAUGCGAUGGUCGAAAUGUUUUCGUAUUCUGAAACUAAAUAUGGAGUUAAGUAUGCCAACUAUAUUGGUGAUGGUGACUCCAAGACCUAUUCAGGAAUUAUAGGUGGAUUCAAUCAGAAUAAUAAUGAAAGCUUUAACCAACUAGUAUGGAAAAUAUGCCCAAAAACGGUAAAUACUAGUUUUACUAUCGUACAAAUAGCUGCAUACGUUGCUAUGUGUAUAUUUAAUGAGGGUAUAAAUUCAUUAUUAGUCUUGAUGAAUACACUAGGACUUAAUUGUGGGCCUAAUUCUCAUCGGUAUGCAGAAAGAAUGGAUGCUGCACGUAUCAAAGUAGCAGAUAAGCGCGCUAACGAUAACACCCGAGAAGGUCGAUUGCAACGUAGGCACCAGCAAAUCGAUAUUUUGGAAGCUGCUAUUUCGGCUGAAGAGCUAUUAUAUGGUCCAGGAAUAGAUGACUCAGUAUGAAUCUCCAAGGACUUAUGAUGAUCACCGCAAAGGACUUCGGGAGGAACGGGCUCUACAAAAACAGCGAUAACUUUUUGAAUUAUUAAUUUUUUUUUUUGAAAUUUUCGUGAAGUCAAAUCGAAACGUGUUCUAAUAAAGCUAUGUUUUUAUUUUUGUCAAAUAAAGUAAUUAACUACAAAAAAAAAAUUAUUGAAAAUCAUCAUUUUUUCAUACCCCUGAGUA